CUUAUACCCACACCCUGGAUGCAGGCAGGCGUGCACACACCGGCAGAUUCACUCAGCUUCCGCAGCGCUCUCCCUUCUCCAUCUCUGCGGCUCUAUCCCUCCCUGCUCGCACUCCUCUCCUGGUGGAUUUUUAGCCCACUGGCUUUGUGGAACACCGCCAAAAUGUCUGACAAGCCUGAUAUGACUGAGAUCGCCAGUUUCGACAAGGCAAAGCUGAAGAAGACGGAGACAAAAGAGAAAAACCCUCUGCCCACCAAAGAGACCAUCGAGCAAGAGAGGAAAGGCGAUGCCACACCUUGACUUCUGAGCACACGAAGAAAAGAACGCUGAGAUGCCACAGCAAAAAAAGCACUUUGUUUUGAUUAUCACAGUAUUUCAAUCACUUUUACUUUGUCUUCAGAAAAAAAUGUAUGGGUGCCGUGGAGCUCCCUGGGGUGCUGUAAUGGUAUAUGGCACCCUCACAAGGGGGCUCUCUCGCCACUCAGCUGGAAAAAAGCUUUAGCCUGGUUGCUUGUCUUGUGCCGUCAGCUUACAGCUAACACGUCUCCCCAAAUUGCCAAAAUAGGAGGUGGUGUUGUGAUGUAGCACUGAAAGAGAGGGAGAGUAAGGCCGGCAUCCAGGCUGAGGUGUGUGUGUGUGUGUGGGGGGGGGGGG